AUGCGAGCACCUGAACUUAGUGAUCCAUCCAUAAUGCCUACUACAACUGCCACGUCCAAUGCCAAUGAAGACAAUAUAGUGGCGUUUUUAAAUAGUAUCAAACAAAAAAAUCAAUUAAAUUUUACAACCACAUCCUUAUCAAAGGAACAUGAUUUUCUAACAAACGACUAUAAACCUAAAGACUGUAAGAACAAAGAAUAUAUAUAUAGUAUUAAUGAAUUAUUGAACUUGAGAAAUAAUGUGUCCGAAAAGGGGUUGUUGGCGUGUAAAAGCAAAUUGCCUAUUAAGUCUUUUUGGAGAUUAAAGCUGCGUCCUAACAACGACGUGUUAUAUUCUAAUAAUGGUUAUAAUAACAACAGUAAUAAGCACUUCAGAUAUAAUCCAACGCAUGGCUCUAUUAAUAACAAUAUUAAGCAAAAAAACCAGCGCCGUAGGAAAUCGCAUAGCAAGUACAACAACAAUAGUAAUGGUAACAACAAUAACAAUAAUAACAAUAUUAGUGGUGGUAGUAAUAACAGUACUGGUGGCAACAACAAUACAAACGAUUUUAUGGGCGAUUUUAUGGGUGAUAGCGAACUAUUUCAAAUUGAACAGGAAAUACAAACAAGUGGAAAUUCAAUUGCUGAUUUUGAAAAAUGGAAGGCUAAAAUGAAGGAAUUGGAUCGUAAAAAGAAGGGGUUGCCGGUAUUGAAAAAUGAAGAGUCGAGUGGUUCCCAUAAUAAUAUUAAAAUUACCGAACAUGAAGAAGAAUCGGAUAAGGUGUCAGAAUAUAAAUCCACUGGUUCAAUUUCAGAUUUUUUUAAUUUGAAGAAUGAAUCCAGUAGUAAUUUUGAAGAAUUGGAGCCAACUAGGCAGCAAGGUCAACAACUUCACCAUAAUAAGAGUGCUUCGAGAUUUUCCUCAUUGUUUAAUGCUUCUAAAAACACUGAUACACUCGAUAUUACUCCACAUGAAGACACCGUCUUAUCUUCGCUUGGUAAAGACACAUCUACUAACACUUCAACAAUAGUGACAAACAAUACUUCGCCAGCCUUAAGAGCCAGUUCCAGAAUGCUCUCAUUUUUUGAUAAUACAGAAUCAACUAAAACAAAUAAUAAGGAGCCUGAAGAAAAUGCUGGGAAACCUAGCCAACAGCAAAAUAACUUUUUUUUUCAGAGCUUGUUAAACAAGGGGAAACAUCAAAACGAAGAGGAUACUUGUUCUGUUAAUGACAAAUCAGAAGAUCUAGGAUCAAAAACUCCCCUUUUCUCACAUGUUGAAGGGUCCGAGCCAGAUGUACAUAUCAAUAAUAACAGUAAAGAUAUAAAUAAUUAUGGAAAUAUUACUGAUAGGUCCAAAAAUAAUGUGAACAAAAACAAUAAAAAUGGUAAAAAGAGUAGUAGUGAUUAUAAUACUAAGGAUACUAAUAACAAAGUGGCAUUAAAUAGCCAAACUGCCGAAAGCAACGAGGUUUUACCACCACCUGGAAUAUUUAAUGGACCAUCUGCGGACAACUUACUUAAGCGUAAUAUAGGCCCUAAUAACAACAAUAAUAACAACAACAACGCGAUUGGUAACAAUCUUCCUUUGCCUCCACCAGGGUUUAUGGGGUUUGGCCCCAAUUUCUUUCCACCGGGUGCUACGCUCCCACCAUAUAUUAUGAAUCCAACUGUUCCGCAGCAACAAAUGGGGACAGUUCCUCAAUUAUCGCUGCCACAACCACAACAGCAGCAACCACAACCACAGCAUUAUCAUCAUCAGAUGCCUUAUCAGAUGUCAUUAUUACCAAUGCAACAGCUUCCACCUGGGCAAUUUCCACCUAACUUUAUGCCUAUGCAAUUCACUCCUAAUAAUAAAAUGUCUGGCAUACCGCCUCCUAUGGGAUUUCAGAAUUUUCCUCCCUCAUAUAUAAGACAAGAACAACAAGAACAACAAGAACAACAAGAACAACAACAUCAACAACAUCAACAACAGUUUAUGAGAACGUCUAAGGUACCUCCAAAUAAAAAGUAG